CGCAGCCAUAGCAGUUUGAAACUCCACUCGAUACGGAAUGGACGUUGCUAGUAGUUCUUGGCUGGACGGGAAGAAGAUACUCCUAACUGGCGCAACCGGUUAUCUCGGGAAAGUUAUUUGCGAGAAAUUGUUGCGCGAGUGCUUAGGGAUUCGCAGGGUGUACGUCCUCAUACGACCAAGCAAAACAGAAAACCUUGAAGAGAGAGCAUUUCGGUUUAAAAAUGAUGUGAUCUUCGAUCGGGUUAAGUCCGACGAUCGUCGGAUAAUGGACAAAGUUAUGCCCAUCGAAGGGGAUCUGUCCCAAUUGAAUCUAGGAAUGCAGGACUUCGAUAUAGAUUUACUUCGAAUGGAAAUCAAUGUGGUUAUCCAUGCCGGCAGCAAUAGUGACUUGUAUGUGAAUUUGAAGGAAGCGGUCCUUACCAACGUCCGCGGCACUCGGUAUCUCCUUCAGCUGGCUCAAUCGAUGAGUUGGCUGGAGUCAUUCGUCUAUGUAUCGCAUAUCUUCUCGAAUUCCUAUGAAAGGAUCAUCGAGGAGAAAAUCUAUACACAGCGUUAUGAUGCUAAUGACAUUAUAAAAAUUCACGAGGGCAAUAAGGAUUUUCCGAUGGAAUCACAGAUCCUCAAGGAUUUCCCUUCGUUCUAUUUAUUCUCUCAGCAUUUGGCUGAGUCCUUGGUGGCAAAGAGUGAAAUACCAACAGCCGUGGUAAGGCUCCCAACUUUAACUCCCUCCUUGAGUGAGCCCUUUCCUGGAUGGAUCAACACCUCGAAUCAUUUGGACAAUCUCCUGAUCUAUGCUGGAAAUGGAUCAGUUCAGGCGUUGUACGCGAAACCUGAAACCCCAAUUGACAUUCUUCCUGUGGAUUUGGCAGCAAAUGGAAUUAUCACAGUUGCGCAGAAAAGAAAAACUGUACCCGCAACAAAUGGUUGCCGGGUUUACAAUUUGACAGAUGGUGGAACGGGCGAAAUAUCCUGGGAGAAACUUUUGAACAUAAAUAGAAAGAUUGCCAUAGAAAAUCCAUUGGAAACAACUUAUUGGUCUCCAGGUGGAAAAAUUUACACAAACUACUAUCUAUAUCUUGCGACUUUUAUCCUCUUGCAAGUAAUUCCUGCCAUCGUCUAUGAUAUUGGUUCAUUCCUUUGUACCGGAAGAAUUCAGUUCGUACAAACACAAUUCGAACUAUUUCUUCAACUUAAAUCGGUUCAACGAUUUUUCCACACAGUUUGGAUGUUUGACACGGAGAAUGCAGAUGAGCUUUUUAAAAAUAUGUCAUUUACAGAAAAAUUGAAAUUUAAAUUCCGUACACAAAACUUUAACCUUGAGGAAUAUAUGCGCACUUGGAAUCACGGACGGCGUACUUAUCUACUUCAAGUUUCUCCGAAUGCUAGCAGGGUUGCCAAAUGGAAAUUGCAAGCAUUCAGUGUUCUUAGUGUGAUAAUUAAGACUGUUUUGUUUGUUUACAUUGGAAAUGGGAUUUUAAGGCUUCUUGGAUGCGAACAGCAUCUGGGAAUUGGAUCAAGUGGGAGUGCAUCUAUGCGACUGUUUAAUACAUUUCACAAGGUUUAGAGUCUUCAUUUUAUUUUUGUUUGUUAUAGUUUCUAAUUAUUUAAAUAGUCUCUGUAGUUUUAAGGUCAUGUUUUUCUUUUGUCAUAAUUAUACAAAAUAGUAAGUAAGAAAAAUAAAAAUAAAUUCAUAAAUAUUAUUUAACCUUCA